UUCCAAGAAUGAAAAACAAUGAUUUUACGAAAGUUCUGCAUAAGGCUUGAUGGGCUUUGCUACAAAAGUAUCAAAGAAGAGACUGGAAAUUUAACCUUUAUGUAUCCAGUUCUCAGAUUGCCAGUGUGUAUCUCACAGUUUGCACAACAAACUGCCUCCGGUGGAUUUGGCUGUGUCGGUUUUUCCAAACACUCCCAGGCUAUGGAUUCUGAAUCAAAGAACAGUUUCAUAGGAAGCUUUCUUCAGCCACCAGAUUGGAGGCUUCCUGCAGCCUUUGUUUAUAUAGAAUCAAAGAAGUUGGCAGCUGCUGCUGGUGACAAGCCUUCUCUCCCAAAUAACCAAGCUGUAAUGGCAGCCCUGAGAUCUCUGCAAGAAAAGAUCCGGCGCCUAGAGCUGGAGAAGUCACAGGCUGAAGAUAAACUGUGCAGCCUCUCCAGAGCAGCUGCUCAGUACAAGAAGGUCUUAGAGUACAAAUCCUACGAGAAGGACGCAGCACAUCGAGAGCUGAUGCAACAGAGGAAAGAUUCAAAUGCAGUACAAUCCCGCUGCUCCCUGCUGGAGAAACAGCUGGAUUACAUGAGAAAGAUGGUUUCCAGUGCAGAACUGGAAAAGAGAAUGAUUUUAGAACAACAGGCUCAGCUUCAGAAAGAGGAAGAUCAGAACCGGUUGGAACUGCAUGCAAAACUUGAAAAGCUUGAAAUGCUAGAAAAAGAGUGUCUUAAACUUACUGCUACUCAGAGAAUUGCUGAAGACAAGAUCAAACACUUAGAAGAAAAGUUAUGUAAAGAAGAGUGCCAGCAUAAGCUAAUACAAGAAAAAACUGCUCAGCUUCAAACAGGAUUUGAUGUGAACAGAAUUUUGGUGUCUUCGGUAACAUCUCAACAUGAACCUGAAAAGGAAAAUGGGAAGAACAAAAAACCUAGGAAGAGAAAUCCUACAAUGAAGAAGAUGCAGCUUUCACAAUUACAUGUAAAGGCUGGUGAACUACCUUUUGUGGCUGGGAAGUCUGCCAGCUCCAGCCAUUCUGUCAGCGCAAACGUACAAAGUGUUUUGCACAUUAUGAAGCACCGCAAUCCAUGUAUCUCAUCGCGAGGACAAGGAGGAGCUACAGCUGGGAUUUCAGGACACAGUGCACUUUCAAAAUCUGUUUCCACAUCACCCACUGCCACCAGGAGCUUUUCAGACCUUCUGUUGGCCUUUCAAGAUGAGCUGGGCCAAAUGAGCUCGGAGCUUCAAGAACUUCUGAAGCAGAUACAGGAGACUCAGGACUCCCAAGCUCGUGAAGACCUGGAACAGGAGCUGGAUUGCCUUGUAAAACAAAUGGAGAUGAAAGGAAAACAAAUAUCCAAGCUGAAAAAGCAUCAGGCUACUGUGCAAAAAUUAAAGAGAAAAACUCAGAAAUUGAAGCAAGGGGUAACUUACGUCAAACUAAAGUGUGGUGAACAAAAGGAAGCAAAUGAGAUUGCAGUCACUGUAAAGGAAAAUAUGUCGAAACCUUGUCCUGGGAAGAAGAGCAGAAGUUCUCUUCAGCUGCUAAAAGCUGUGAGGCAACUUCAGCUAUCUCUGAAAAAAGAUUAUGUCAUCUGAGAAGAAUAGUUCUGAAGUUUGUUAUAAGUUUUUGAGUUGUCUGACAUCUAGUAAAUUUUCAGUUGUACAAAAUACCUUUUAAAAAUAAACUGGAUACAGUAGACACGUACAUUCUAAACUGCCUACUCUCCCGUAGGUCAGUUUGUUCACCUUAGAAUUAACUUUCAUGUAGUGCAGCUAUAACUCAACUGCAUUUCCUUGUAAUAAA